AUGGCGCCAACAGCCACCAACGGCGAGGGUGCCACAAGCACAGUGAACGACCUGACGAUUCGAGUCGCCUCUCAAGCCAAUGGCCACACCAACGGCGAGGUCAAUGGCCAUGCCAGCGAGAUGACCAAUGGUACGACAAAUGGACACCUGAGCGAGGCAUCGACUCAGGGCCCUCCAACACCCACCACCCCCUCGACGCCGACAUCGUCACGACCGACACCUCCACAGAUGCCCAUUGCCAUUGUUGGCAUGUCUUGUCGCCUGCCUGGUCAUGUUGCCACACCUGGAGAGUUUUGGGAGAUGUUGGCGAGAGCUCGGAGUGGUUACUCCACGAUCCCUGAGGAAAGGUUCAACGUUGCGCCCUUCCACCACCCAAAUCCCGGAAAGGCUGGCUGUGCCAAUCCUAUUGGUGGCCACUUUUUGGACUUUGAUCUCGAGUCUUUCGAUGCUCCCUUUUUCAGUCUGACAGAGAAGGAGGCUAUAUCGAUGGAUCCUCAGCAACGUUUGUUGCUGGAGGGAACCUUUGAGGCUCUGGAGCACGCUGGUAUCCCCAAGCAAUCCAUCGUGGCCAAGGACGUCGGUGUGUUCAUCGGAGGAUCCUUUCCAGAGUACGAGUCGCAUCUAUUCCGUGACUCUGACACAAUCCCUAUGCAUCAGGCGACAGGCUGUGCAUAUGGAAUGCAGUCAAACAGAAUUUCUCAUUUCUUUGACCUCAAGGGUCCCAGUUUCACUUCAGAUACCGCUUGUUCUUCCAGUUUAGUUGCAUUGCAUUUGGCGUGCCAGAGUCUACGGACCGGGGAGUCCAGCAUGGCAAUCACGGGAGGUUGUCAUCUCAACAUGCUUCCUGAGUUUUACAUUUCCUUCGCUAAGUCUAGACUUUUCUCGGAUUCGGGCAGAUCUUAUUCAUUCGACAAUAGAGGAACCGGAUUCGGUCGUGGCGAAGGCUGCGGCGUUGUAAUUCUGAAGCCGCUGGACCAGGCUAUGAAGGAUGGAGACCAUGUAAAAGCUAUCAUUGCCGGAAGCGGUAUCAACCAAGACGGAAGAACCCCUGGUAUCACCAUGCCCUGCGGUAUCGCACAGAGGGAUUUGAUGAAGCAAGUGUACGACAAUGCUGGCCUGGACCCCAAAGACGUCGGUUUCGUUGAAGCCCACGGAACGGGCACAAGAGUCGGUGACCCCAUUGAGGCGACUGCCCUCCACGACAUCUUUGGCGACCGGGGUGCUAGAGAUCCGCUUUUCCUGGGAUCGCUCAAGUCCAACAUUGGACACUUGGAGGGUGCAUCUGGUAUCGUGGCUGUCAUCAAGGCCGCUAUGAUGUUGGAGCGCGGUUUCGUCCUGCCCAACUACGACUUCAAAGUACCUAACCCCAAGAUUCCUUGGAAGCAAUGGAACUACAAGGUCCCCGUCACACAGAGGCCAUGGCCCCGAAACAAGAAACUCAUCAGCGUCAACAACUUUGGUUUUGGCGGUACAAAUGCCCACGUCGUACUUGAAAAGGUCCCCUUUGCAACUAGAGCUGUUAAGGAUGACGCAGACCUCAAUGACGAUAACCCUGGCCGCAAGCUGUUUGUCUUCUCGGCGAACGACAAGAACACACUUGAAACUGUCCUGAAGAACUUGGUUGUCUACUUGGAGCAGAGACCAGAGAUGUUCCAGAAGGACUUGAUGGGCAACUUUGCCUACACACUAUGCCAGCGCAGAUCGCUCCUGCAACACAGAGUGGCAAUCUCAGCACAGAGAUCUUUUGACCUGAUUGAGACCAUCUCUUCUGGCAACUACAGCGCCGGAAAGGAGGGUGACGCGCUACGAAUUGGUUUCAUUUUCACUGGACAAGGUGCCCAAUGGUACGGCAUGGGUCGCGAGCUGUACGAGCAGUACCCCAUCUUCAAGAACGCACUCGACCGUGCAGAUGCUGUCCUGAAGUCCAUUGGCGCCUCCUGGUCCCUGGUUGAGGAGCUGAGCAAGGACGAAAAGACCAGCCAGGUCGGUGCCGCCCACAUCAGCCAGCCUUCGUGCACAGCUGUGCAACUGGCUUUGGUUGAUCUGCUGCGCUCCUGGGGUAUCUACCCCGAGGCUGUGGCCGGUCACUCUAGCGGUGAAAUCGGUGCCGCCUAUGCCGCCGGUAUUGUGGACUUUGACUCUGGUAUGGAGAUUGCAUACCACCGUGGAAGACUCAUCCCCGUCCUCAAGGAGAGAUAUCCUGACCUCCGCGGCUCCAUGAUGGCCGUUGGCGGUAGUAAGGAAGAGUUUGAGCCUCUGAUCGCCGGUCUCAAGGACGGAGAGGUCAAGAUUGCUUGCUACAACUCACCUACCAGUUUGACCAUCUCCGGUGAUGAGUCCGGUAUUGAUGAGCUCAAGAAGAUUGUGGAUGAGAAGCAGCUGUUCAACCGCAAGCUUUUCGUUGAUACUGCUUACCACUCUCACCACAUGAACUUGUUGGCAAAGGACUACCAAGCAGCAAUUGGGCACCUCCCUGCUCCUGCUCCUACAAACGUUCGCUACUAUUCUUCUCUGCUCCAAAGACAGUGCGACGCAUCAGAGCUCGAGCCCAGCUACUGGGUUCAGAACUUGACCUGCGCUGUAGGAUUCAGCGAGGCUGUCAAGGGCAUGCUCGCACCUAUUGGCGAGCACCGAACUGGUGUCAACAUGCUGAUUGAGCUUGGUCCUCACUCUGCCCUUCAGGGACCUAUCAAGCAGAUUAUGCAGGCUGUUGGCGGUGAUGCGCCCAAGGUCCCGUAUGCUGCCGCCCUUGGCAGGAAGAAGGACGCUGUUGAGACGGCUCUGGCUCUUGCGGGCACUUUGUUCACCAAGGGAUACACCCUCGACUUUGAUGCCAUCAACUUCCCCAAGCAGCAAAAGACGCCACCUCAGUUGUUGACUGACUUGCCACGAUACCCAUGGAACAAGUCGACCAAGUACUGGCACGACUCCAGAUUAACGCAGAAGCACAAGCACCGCAGUGCCCCACGCAACGAUAUUCUGGGAACUGUUGCACACUACUCCAACGAUCUAGAGCCGACGUGGCGAAACAUUGUUCGCCUCGAAGAUCUCCCUUGGCUUGAGCACCACAAGGUUCAGUCUCUGACUGUUUUCCCCAUGUCUGGAUUCAUUGCCAUGGCCAUUGAGGCUGCUGCCCAGAGAGCGGCCGCUGCCGAGACAGCCUUUGACAAGUACCAGCUGCGCGAUGUCACUGUCGUUGCUCCACUCGUCAUCCCUGACGCUGAUGUCGAGAUGACCACAACUCUACGACCCGACCAGGAGAGCACCCAAGGUACUUGGGACGAGUUCCGCAUCUGCUCGUGGAGCAAGACUCAAGGCUGGAAGGAGCACUGCAAGGGAUUCAUUGCGGUCGAGAACCACGAGUCCAACGGUGUCGAUGACUCAAGAUGUGCCAAGGAGGCCGAGACACGCGUCAAGUCCACCAUUGCCGCUGUUGAAGCUGCUGCCUCUGCUUCAGUCUCAGCAGACAAGCUCUAUGAUACCCUGAAUGAGCUUGGUGUGGGUUACGGUACAACAUUCCAAGGUCUGAGCAAGGUCACCGCCAGCAAUGACUGCUCCAAGGCUGAGUUGGUCGUUCCUGACAUUGCCAAGGAGAUGCCCAACCACUACGUGACACAGGCUGUCCUUCAGCCCGCAUUCCUCGAGUCACUCAUUUCCAUGUACUGGCCCAUUGCCGACGGCGGUCACAACGCUCUCGACACUAUCUACUUGCCUUCCGCAGUUGAGCGCAUCACAGUCUCCAAGAAGAUCACUGAGGCGACGCAGGAGCCCGGAAAGGUACUCAAUGCCUACUCUCAGGGUCAAUUCUCUACCGACGCGCCCAAGUCUACCAAGAUUGCCAUGUUUGUCACAUCCAAGGACGAGCCAUCGGAGCCUCUUAUCGCCAUUGAAGAUCUCACAAUCUCGCCAAUUAUCGACCAUGAGGCUACUUCUGAGGAAGAGCACAAGGAGCUCUGCUUCAAGAUGGACUGGGAGCCCGUUUUGGAGUCGGAGCCCGCCGAGCCACCAAAGCCCACUGAGGCUGAGGUGAUCAUUGUCCACUCUAACACACCCCUCCAGGCCAAGGUUGCUACCGACCUAGCGGGAAGCAUUGAGAAGCUCACAGGCAAAAUGCCGCAAAUGACCACCUUGCUCUCUGCCCCAGACGCUGAGGGCAAAUUGGCCAUCUUCCUGCCUGAGGUUGAGAAGUCCCUCCUCUCCAACAUCAGGUCCAAUGAGUUCGAGGCACUCCAGACUAUUCUGACCAAGGUUCAGGGUGCACUCUGGGUUGUCCGGGGAGCCUAUGACAAUGCUACCUCGCCAGACAUGAACAUGAUCACGGGAAUGAGCAGAACCAUUCGCUCAGAGACUCUGCUGCCAUUCGCUACACUUGAUCUCGAUGGCCGCUCGCCUCUCGAGGCUGACUCUGUUACGGAGGCUGUCCUAAAGGUCUUCCAGGCUGUUUUCAGUAAGGACAGUCCAUCCAACGGUGAGAUGGAAUUCUCUCAGCGUGGUGGAAAGUUCUUCACUCCCCGCAUCAUCAACGACCCCGAGAUGAACGCCAUUGUCCACCAGGAGACUGCUUCCGCCGCACUUCAGCCUACUCCUUUCAGUCAGGGUGAUAGAUCUCUGAAGCUGAAGAUUGGCAACAUUGGGGCUCUUGAGACGCUGCACUUUGUUGAUGAUGAGAGCAAGGAGGAGCCUCUGAAUGCCGAGGACAUUGAGAUUGAAGUCAAGGCAAUCGGUCUCAACCACCGUGAUCUCACUGCUGCUCACGGCAAGCUGGCUACCGAUGACUUUGGUGUCGAGGCCAGUGGUAUUGUCACCAAGAUCGGUAACAAGGUGACCAACCUAAAGGUCGGUGAUCGCGUUGCCGCCAUGACCCAGGGUGGCUUUGCUACCAGCACCCGCACCAAGGCCACCUUCGCCUUCAAGAUGCCCAACGACAUGUCUUUUGAGACUGGUGCUUCCCUGCCUCUGGCUUACAGCACGGCUUACUACUCCUUGAUCGAGCUUGGUCGCCUCCAAGAGGACGAAAGUGUCCUGAUCCACGCUGCUGCUCGUGCCGUGGGUCAAGCUGCAAUCUCUCUUGCGCAGAUGAUUGGCGCUGAGGUCUUUGUUACCGUUGGCAGUGCCGAAAAGAAGGAAGCCUUGAUGGAGCAGUACAAUAUCCCCGAGGACCACAUCUUCUACAGCCGCAACAACACCUUUGGCAAAUCUCUGCGCCAGGUCACUAAUGGCAGCGGUGUUGAUGUUGUGCUGAACUGUCUUGCUGGUGAUGCUGUUCGUGAGAGCUGGGACUGCCUGAACAAGUUUGGUCGCCUGAUCGACGUCGGUACUCGCAUCUCCUCGACCAGCAUGAAGCUUGAGAUGGACCAGUUCGAGCAGAACUGCAGUUUCAUGACUGUUGACAUGAUGGCAUUGGCUUCCGAGAGACCCAAGCUGUUGCAGCGAGUCCUCGCCGAUGUGUCCAAGCUCAUCAAGUACAACAAGGUUGCUGCGCCAUCGCCCAUCACUACCUUCCCAAUUUCACAGGUCGAGACCGCUCUCAAGAGUCUCCAGAACAGCUCCAAUGCUCAUGGCAAGCUGGUCGUUGUGCCCCAUGCAGACGACAUCGUCAAGGCAACCCCCGCCAAGAAGCCAUUGCAGCUUCUCAAGGCCGACGCCACUUACAUCCUUAUUGGUGGUACCGGUGGUCUGGGACGUAGCAUGUCCCGAUGGAUGAUCAAGCGUGGAGCCCGCAACCUGGUCCUCGUUUCCCGGUCUGGUUCGGCAACUGGCAAGGUCAAGGAGCUGAUCGACGAAGCUCUCCAGGAAGGUGCCAAUGUCGUGGUCCGCCGCUGCGAUGUUGCCAACCCGGCUGAUGUCGAGGAUCUUGUCAACCAGGGUCUUGAGGGCAUGCCACCUGUGCGCGGUCUGAUUCACGGUGCCAUGGUUCUUCACGAUGUGCUCUUUGAGAAGAUGACCUUUGACCAGUACACUUCAGUCAUCGAGUCCAAGGUGCAGGGUGGCUGGAACUUCCACAACGCUCUGGUCAAUGCCCCGCUUGAUUUCUUCGUGGCCAUUUCCUCUGUUGCAGGUGCCGUCGGUAACCGUGGUCAAGCAGCCUAUGCUGCUGCCAACUGUUUCCUCAAUGCCCUGGUACAGUACCGUCUCGCCAACGGCCUCCCAGCCUCGUCUCUUGACUUGACUGCCAUCUCCGACACUGGUUACUUGGCUGAGGAUGCCGAAAAGGCUGCAGAAGUCGCCAAGAACUUGGCUGGUGACUCCAUCUGCGAGGCCGAGGUGCUUGCUCUCCUCGGCACCGCCAUCAGUGGCAAGUUGGGCGCCAUUUGCAACAACCACACCAUUACUGGUAUGCGUAUCACCCCCGAGCAGCAGCCUUUCUGGACUCAGGAUGCCAAGUGCAAGCACCUGCGCGAGGCUGCUGAAGCUGCCGCUGCCGCCAACGCUGCAGCUGGCGGCAACAAGAACAUCUCAUGGAACGCUGCUGCCAAGGCAGCCAAGACUCUCGAGGAGGCUGAGCAGAUUGUCUGCGAUGGUCUGGUCGAGAAGUGCGCAGCCGUCAUGAUGAUGGAGAAGGAGGACUUGGACGUUACCCGUGCCUUGUCGCACUACCCUCUCGACUCUCUCGUCGCCAUUGAGAUCCGUAACUUCAUCACCCGCGAGUUCGAGGCUACCCUUCAAGUUCUGGAGCUCCUCUCCAGUGGCUCGCUCCAGAGCCUGGCCAAGGGUGUGUGCGUCAAGAGCAAGAUGAUCAACUUCUGA